ACUGGUGGUCAGCUGACUGGAUUGAAAUAGGUGCAAGGAGAGAGGAGAUCAUCGAUCUCCCAGAGUUCGUUUACUUGUGUCGCACUUGCAAUUGUAGCCAUGUAUUUACGCAAUUUGAUUUUUUUGUGCACUCUUCUUGCGCCAAGUCUGGCUGGAGACCUGACCAUCUCCUAUGCUCCCAGCACUCUGAGGUUCAGUCAUGCCGGGGCCCUGCGAGCGUCUUCUCUUGAUGAUGUGCUGGCUGCAGCCAUGGGCUACACACCACAGACCUCACCUUGGUCGGGGCUGACGAUCACCUCGCCAUUCAAACCGCCCUCUGCUGUUGUUGUGGUUGGCAUCGAUGGCAGUGGCAGUGCCGUGCAGGAGGAGGGUCAGAGCUACGCCCUGCAGGAAGACCGGUCUCUCACCAAUGUCUAUGGAGCUCUGCACUCGGUGGUCUCAGCCCGCGCUCACAGACCUACACAUUUUGUACACAUGGAGGUGGCUGAUGGAGCGGGCACUUUUGUGGUCGAGCUGUCCUUGCCUGACGACUCUUCUCUCCUGGCAACCCGUGAGCCUGAUGCAUCCUUCCUGCUUGAGAUUGGGGCUCUGCCUGUCCUCAUCAACAAGAUGUCAGUGAACAGCAGCGUUCCUCACGGCGGCCAAGACUUUGUUUUCUACCAGCUUGAGUCAUUCGCACUUCUGGUCAAGACUUAUGGCGACGAUUCUCCUCAGGUACGAGAAGGCAAGCAGCUGCUGCGCUCGGCCAUCGACCGGCUGGUGGCAGGCGCCAGGGCCGUGUACCAGGACCAGGUGCUCGUGGUCUCUGUCGUCAUGGAGAAGUCCUCGGAGAUUCUCUCCAGGCCCGUCAGGGAGGUGCUCCAGGCUCGUCAGGUGUACUCGAAGUCAGACUUGGGUCUGGCGUCUGAGUACGGCGAGGACUACCCCGCCAUCUUUAACAUCAUCCUCUUCCUGAGCAUCGCGCUGCUCAUCGCUGUGAUCGCCGUCAGCGCCGCCAUGGCCUUCAUGGAUCCUGGCCGUGACUCCAUCAUCUACCGCAUGACCAACCCGCGCAUGAAAAAAGACCAGUGAAUGUGGGGUGUGGUCUGAGUGCUGAAUGGGGGGGGUGGUCCUGUUGUUGAAUGUGGUGUGUGGUUGUAGCGCUGAAUGUGGAGUGUGGCCUGCACGCUGAAUGUGGAGUGUGGUCGGCGCUAAAUGUGGGGUGUGGUCUGAGCGCUGAAUGUGGGGUGUGAUCUGAGUGCUGAAUGUGUGAUGUGGUCUAAGUGCUGAAUGUGUGAUGUGGUCUAAACGCUGAAUGUGUGAUGUGGUCUAAGCGCUGAAUGUGUAGCCCGAGUCACACAUUCAUGCGCUGCUGAUUGUUUCAUAGUAAACCAGCUCUACUCAGUGGUUCCAGUUGUCGCUUUUAAAAACUUUAGUGCGCUAGUCUUAUUUGGGAGAUGAUGUGCAUAACAAUGCGCAAGAAUGUUUUUUUUUUUUUUGUGCAUGAUCAUGCGCUAUAGAGGCAAGUAUUCAAUGAAGGCGACCCAUUUACUUGUCUCACUAUUUAUUGAAUUAACUAGGCUCGAUUAAAAUUCUGCGCUAUUGUAUUCUUGAUGUAACUUUCUAGGUGAUUGUUUAUUCAUGGUGUGUUGGAUAUACCCUUCUCCUUAUCCUUGUUGUAAACGGUUCUCGCUCGCUCACACUCCUCAGAAUAUAUAGUUAGUGAAUAUUUAAAUCUCAGAUUUCCUCUAUUUAUAUUUCUUUAUUUUUCCUCAACAGAAGAUUUUUAACUUUUCUCGAGUAUAUCUCCUAUUAUCUUAUCGCUGUUCCAUAUGAUUUUAUCCAUAUGUAUGGAAUAUGUUACGAGCUGCUUAAUUCUGUUUGCUUUUUUUGUGUAAGUAAAGGAAAAAAUUUGUGCUACUGAUGUAAUUAUUUCUCUUUGGUCUUGUACAUAAUCUGUUCAAUAAAAACUUGGUGCGUCA